AUGCCCGUUUUCCAAUCGAAGCCGUUUCGCGGCGGCGCAGCGGCCAAAGACCUCCCCGGGCGCAUCGCGGCAUGGUACACGCGCAAGCAGGAACACAACCCGUUUCUGUACUUCGGGCUGCCGUUCAUGGGGCUCAUCGUCGUGGCGUCCUUCCUCCUUACGCCGGCCACUGCGCUGCGGUACGAGAAACACGACCGCAAGAACAGACAGGUCUCGGACAACGAGCGGAUGGAGCUAGGCUUGAAGGGCGGGCCGGCGGGCGAUGGCGGCCUCACGUACAAUCCGCGACGACGCAAGAUCCUCAAGGGAGAGCUCAAUGAGCGCGAGGAAUACUAUAGGCUUAUGGCUAAAGAUCUGGAUAAUUGGGACCAGAAACGCGUGGAACGCUGGAAGGGUGAGCCGGAUGGAAGACUGCGAUAG